CUAUGACUGAUCCUCACUGAGAGGAUGCUGUCGAUACGGCUGCCAAACUCUUUCCUCUCUAGUUUAACACUAUGACGUGCGCACUUACAUUUUUUUUUUCUGCUCCGUUUGAGCUCGUCAGAUAAGGGAAUGUGAGUAAAUGUGAGCGUUUCAUGGGAAAGCCAAGUGAUCGAUGCAGGAGCGCACAAAGCUGGUCGGGAUGGUGAGCCACUGUCAGACCCCAUCUUUCCCAGACUUCUCCGGUUUGACGCUCUCCAUGUACGGCGGCAAGGCGGAGCUGUGCGGGCGGCGGGCAGGGGGCGCUUGUUACGGGUCCCAGGUGUGCCGGAGCCCGCAGGACGGCCCGCGGAGACCCAGCCCGGCCGAGGAGAGAGCGCAUCUGGCGGCCAAGACCGCGCGCUUGUGCGUCUCCGUGCCGCCGCCUCAAGUGAACGGUUUCUACUGCUCAGAGAAGGAUGUGAAUGCUGAUGCCGAGGGAACCCUGAUGCGAUGUGGGCAGAGCUUGCCAGUGCCAAAGGGGGGUCAUUCAGAAGGGCUGUACCCCCAGAGUCUCCACUGCAGCAGACCUUCGUCUAACCUCCUUCUGCAGGAUGGCCCUCAACAAGACACCAGGAGCUGCUCCACCUUCCAGAGGACCCCGCCAGGGGCCUCACCCGGCCUGGGCUGCGGCACCAACAGGGCUCAGUCUUCCGUCUCUUACCCAGUCAAACAGGAGAACUCAAUGGUCUACAAGGUCUCCGGCGUCCAUUGCACAUCUCAACACGGGUUUCAAACCUGCAGAGCGGCCCAGGUUUUGGAGAUCUCGAGAGACGAGAUGGCCGAAGCUAUUCGUGCUAGCUGCAACAGCAACGGCGUUUGCGCAGUGAGUGUGUCAGAAGACGCAGUGCAGCAGUUUAAUAAUGAAAAUGACUCCUCCCCGCUGGCUUUGUCCCCAAUUGGCUCCCAUCAUUCAGCGCGGCUGCUCAGUGCUAGCAGUGUGAAGAGACGCUGUUUGUCCCUGGCCUCACAGUCCUCCGCCGCUGUUGGCACCGGCAGCGUCACCUCUACCGGUUCCCCGUUGGCUUCUGUCGCAGCCUCCGAAGAGAUCAGUAUCACCGCAGUCCUCUGCUCCUCCUCCCAGAUGUCAAUGGUUGCCUGCGUGAACGGGUUCUGCGCCAACCUCUCGCCCAGCCAGACUAGCAGCGCCAGCUUCUCUUCCUCUUCCUCUUCUACAUCCCCGCCCUCUAACUGCUGCCCACAGGAAGCCCCCCAAAGGCCCCCACCUCGCGGCAGCCCCCAGCGGCCCACGCUACAGGAGAGCUGUCAGCUGUCCUCACCUGCCACCUGCCUGCUGUCCCUUUCCUCAUCCUCUUCAUCCUCCUCUUCAGCGUCAUUAGUGGAGCCAGAGGUGGGCCAGGGGCAGAGCCUGGGGCUGUGUGAGGAGCAGGGGUCCGUGCUGCGGGGGUGCGUGGCCGGAGGACCGGCCGGGGGAGGAGUGAGCGGAGGAAGAGCUUCGGACGAGUUGGGGCAAUUGAUGCGGGGGUCUGGUAUGUCUGGGGCAUUGCAUCAAGGGGCCGACGCUGGAGGUCUUCUAGAUGGGAUUCAGAGAUCUGGGGCCACCCUCAAGCAGGAGCCCCUGGAUGAUUUCUCUCCCAGUGAAGAUGAACUCUUUCAGCACCACUAUCAUCAUCACCAUCACUUGAGCGGUCACAGUGGGCACCUUCGUCACACUCACCACCUGCCUCGAUCUGCCAUGCCUCCUCCUUAUCACUUGCACCAAUACCCAGGGCCCGGUCCCGGGGGGUCCCUACACAUCCAGAGCCAGCAAUCGGCACCAGCCUCUUCUUCCCUGCGACUCAAACCGAACUCUGCAGGGCCUCCUGCACCCCACACAGCCCCAGAGCGGGAAGAGGUCGGAGGAGGAGCACUGGCAGAUAAGCAGGUGUGUCGCUGGAUCGACUGCAGCGCUGCCUACGAGCAGCAGGAGGAGCUUGUGAGACAUAUUGAGAAAGUCCACAUCGACCAACGCAAGGGCGAAGACUUCACCUGUUUCUGGGCCGGCUGCAUUCGCCGCUACAAACCCUUCAAUGCCCGCUACAAGCUACUCAUUCACAUGCGGGUCCACUCUGGAGAGAAACCUAACAAGUGCAUGUUCGAGGGCUGCAACAAAGCGUUUUCACGUCUGGAGAACCUGAAGAUCCACCUGAGGAGCCACACGGGCGAGAAGCCAUACCUGUGCCAGCACCCGGGCUGCCAGAAAGCUUUCAGCAACUCCAGCGACCGAGCCAAGCAUCAGCGCACUCACCUGGACACGAAACCGUAUGCGUGUCAGAUCUCCGGCUGCACCAAGCGCUACACAGAUCCCAGUUCUCUACGCAAACAUGUCAAGAUUCAUUCAGCCAAAGAGCAGCAGGUGCAUAGAAAGCUCCGGCCCUGCCCUCACCUGGAGCAGGAUGUCCUCAGCGACUGUCUGUCCAUGCAGCAGCUCCAGAGCUCCGCCUCCUCGCAGCACCUCUACAACGGCAAAGACGGUCGUUCACCUGCGCUGGGUCCAGACAUCUAUACAGGCCUGUAUGCUGGCUCCAGCACCCCCCACCACAGCGCCUCAGUGGAGCUCCUGUCCCCCAACCCCAACCCCGCCUCCGUCCCCGACCUGCCUCCCCGGCAACACCGACUGGACCGGGACCUGGUCAGCCCUCAUCACCUGUCCCCGCUGACGGGCAUGGACAGCGCCAGGGAUGGGGCGGCAGGCCCUCUCAUGUCCCCCGGGUUGAAGGGAACAGGGACCCCACCGCCUCCUCCUCUGAUGGAGAAACAGCACAUCCACCCUCACCACAAGUCCUACCCCUAUCACCAUCAUCAGUCCACCAAUAACGAAUACCAAGGCAGCUUUCAGAGCUGCUUCCAUUUUGGAGACUCGUACAGGAUCGAGCAGACCGUCGACGGCGUCCACGUCCCGGGGGAUUCUCACGUCUACACGUCCCAUCACCAGAAUGGCUUCCACAUGUCGACCAGCAGCGCCGACGCCACAGGCUUUGGCCUGACUCAGGAGCUGCAAGGGGGCGCGGGUUGCCAGUUUUCCUCGAGCUCAGAGGAGAACAUUUUCUUCCAGGUGGGCAGCUUUGACCGCAGCUUGAGCCACAUGUCCUCCGUCUACACAGAGACAUAAACACUGGAGCAAAGCAACGCUUCCCCGACACCUGCUCACAUGCAUCUGUACACACCGACUUCACCUCCUCUUUAGGUCUAGAAGCCAACCGGACUCUUAUUCGUGGUUGUUCAAGACAUUCCAGCUCUCAUCCAAACAGCUUCACACACUGACUGGCGCCGAGUUUAAAGACAAGUCCAGUUACCUUGUAUUUUUUUAAGCACAUACGAAUAACCAUCACUGAUCACUGAGAAUCUGCACAGACAACAUUGAGUAUGAAGGGGAAAAAAUAAUCUAAAAGUCAGAUGAUUCAAUUAUAACUGUGAUAGUUCACUGGCACUUGAUUUAGCACCUGAACGUAAGCAAGAAGAGCAGUUACCAACUGUUGUGCCUUAUGACCAGUACUCGAGUUGUAAAAAAAAAAAUCAGGGGGGAUGGUGGAUUUUAUCAUAUGGGGACAGAUAAUUUGUGCUGAUUACAAAUAAUAUAAUAUAUUACAAAUAAUAACACUGACCAAAACACUGCAGUAUGCAAAUACAUCAAAACACAACAAUAAAAAACUGUUUUCUGAACUUAUCAAUAUGACUCUGUCCUUCACAGGAUAAG